UUUCAAAAAAUCCAAUGAAACAAUGCACACACAGCAAGCACUCAACUGACACCCAUCCAUAUAUUCCUCCAUAACACGGAGCGGCGCCGAGAAAGACCUCGGGGAUUAUUGGAAACUCACUAUGGACACGAGCAUGCACACGCCCACUCAGCCGAGUAAACGCUCCACCGCCUCCACUCCCACUAACGACCGACCUACCUCCGCCUGCUCGUCGACUUCCAUGCUUGAACCCGCCGUGGAAGGGCUCACCACGCCGUGCUCUUCUCGACCGUCAUAUUUCUCCCGAGGCGGCGGUACGAUGGGCGGUGGAUCGCAUGGAUCGGGUUCGGGGCCCAGGCGGAAUCAGUUCCGCCCCGGGCGGUUUCCCGUCAGAAGCAACCCCUUUGAUUGUAAUAUCACCAUGAUUGACAAACUUCAAAGACCCGUUUUGAGUCCCAGCCUUUUUAAUAUCGUCCAAAGUCCGAAUUCCGAAUCCACUUCCUCAUCUGGGCGAUUUUGGACUAUUGAUCAACAAAGCAAUUUGUUUCCUGUGGAGAUUUCGGAUGACUCGCCGUGGAAACAGGAGACGGCCCAUUCGGUGAUGGACCCCGAAUUGGAAAAUCGAACGCAAGAAGCCAUCAACCGUUAUUUCAACCAGACUCAUGAUCUGAAAAGUCCUCCGGAUUUGCCGGUGAACCAUUCGCAAAUUAACAGCACAACUUUGCCCAUGGACACGGGUGCGUCGCCCAUACUCAGACCAAUGUUAGCCCAGAGUAUCAUGGACAACUCGAGCCGACGAUCCUCGGUGGACGGAAACGUCAAGACCACCACCACGCAAUACACGCAAACCGUGAUGAGUUUUCCAUCCGAGUUGCCCGAAUCCUUCGAGGCCCAAUUGGCGACCUAUUUUACAUUCUUCGAAAAUCAGCGGGCCCAGCACAAGGUCAUUUCAGAGAUAUCAACCGGACCGAGCUCUCAACAGAACUCUUCGCAGGUCCAGCAACCUAUGGACGAACAACAGAACAAUUUGUCGACUUCGCGGAGAAAAUUGUUUGAUUGUGGACCUCCGGAUUUUGAAGAGGAGGAAGAAGACGCAUUUUCCGACCGUGACGAGGACGAGACACCGCAUCAUUGGAUGUCUUCCCCGGUGAAACGCUUGCCGAGCGCACUCGACCAUCACCCUGGUCAAAGUAGCGAGGGAGAAGAUGUGGAACAUCAUUUCCUCAUUCCUCGGCUCAUGGAUGUCAAGACACCGACCAAUCCCAUUGUCAGAAGUUCCACUUGGUCCUCGGGUUCCAAGGAACCUGGCACGCCUCAGUACCGUCACCGCACUUCAGUCAGUCCAGCGGCAUCCAUGGGAUCGCCCACUUUUUCGCCCAUAGGUCCAGGUAACUCCACAUCGAUCUUGAUGGGCUCAUUUUCGCGUCAAGAGUCCGCUUCGCACCCCCCGGAUUCCAACAAGGAGAACGUAUUUUCCCCCACAUCAACUUGAUAGCGCAUUAAAACAUCGAACUUAAAGUGAUUCUUCGUACACAUUUGCUCAAAGAAGAAUGCCCGAUGAUCCUUCCGCAUUCCAAUUUUAUUGCUCAUUCUCCUAAUUUCAUGUCAACCGGGGUGACAAAGAUACCCCACCCCAGUCCCAUCUUGUAUAAACGUGUUUGCGACUAA